AUCUCCGGCACGCACCCCGUGAAGAAAUAGUAAUCGCUGAUGGACAGACGCAACUCGAGUGCUUCCAGUGUUGAUAGGAGUGUUGCAAUAAAAAUAUGGCUGUCGCUGCCUGUCUAAAAGCGUCGCAGUCAACCGUCGUCUAUUCGGGACAGGCUCAGCCAUUGCCACUGGUAGGGAUGAACGGCUCCGGCGGAGGAACCGGUGGACACUUGCAGAGUCAGCUGACCCGCUCGUUGGAGCGCAUUCUGGAGGAUGCGCAUCUUAGCGGGGAGCUGAAACUGAGUGGACGCAAGCUAAAGGACUUCCCGAAAGCAGCUGGAAAGUAUAACCUCAGCGACACGGUUAUUGCAGAUUUGUCGCGGAAUCGAUUCUGUGAACUACCAGAAGACAUCACAUGUCUCGCGUUUUUAGAACGGCUUUUGGUCUACCAUAACACAAUCCGCUCCGUGCCGGAAACGAUACGCGGACUGCACUCCCUAACUUAUUUAGAUUUAAGAAACAAUCAGCUAUCAGUUUUGCCGCGCGAAAUCUGUGCUCUACCUCUUCAGGUUUUACUUGUAUCGAACAAUCGUCUAGCGACAUUGCCCGAUGAGCUAGGGCGAAUGGAGAAGCUGACAGAGCUCGAUGCGGCCUGCAAUCAGAUAACGCAUCUUCCAGCGCGCAUGGGCGACCUUCGUAACAUGCGUUCGCUAAAUUUGCGCUGCAAUCAGUUAGUUUACCUGCCCCGUGAUCUCACCUGCCUGCAAUUGGCCUUUCUGGACAUUAGUAGCAACAAGAUUGCCACAUUGCCGGUAGAACUUCGACACAUGAGCUCGCUUGUGGAUUUGGAACUUUCGAACAAUCCUCUUACCUCUCCACCUGCCAGCCUCUGUGUGCGUGGAUUGGUGCAUGUUUUCAAAUAUUUGGAAACGAUAGCCUCAAGAGAGGAAAAAUCCAAAACGGGUGUCGAUGGGCAUGCAACGUUGCGACGAACAGCUCUGUCGGCGAAGAAUUCCAACAGUUGUUUACUGGAUACUCAACAACGGAAUCGCAGGGCGCACGUCGACUCUGGAUAUUGCACUAGCGAUGGUGGCUUCGAGGGUAAGCGAUGGAUGCAUGACGAAGAUGCGCACAAUUCCACCAUUAGCUCAUCGUCAAAAUGGUCCCCUAUUCCUCUGCACUCGGGUUUCACGGUUAUGCCACGCAACGGUAGUAACCAUAACACUACUUCUAAUCCGUCCUCAGGUGGGCCACAGGCCGCUCUGGUAACCCAUGCUAUUCAUGGUGGCUUAAAUGAUGCUGCCGAUGAUGGCACUGUUGGAAAUGUUGGCAACAGUAAUGAGGUAUGUUGGGAAGAAGAAUUCCGAAAGAAUGCUGUAUUUCAAGAUCAUCAUCCCGACCGUAAACCGUUAUCGAAUAACAAUAGUAACGAUAUAUCGCCCGAGGGAGAUAUCACACCCGAUGGCACAAAGACGGACGACAAAGGCCGUACACUAUCCAACUAUCAGACGUAUCGCGAGUACAAGGAAGCUUUGCGUCAGCAGCGCAAUCUUGACUCAGUUUAUCGGUCCAAAGAUCAGCCACUGACACCGGAUAGCGCGGGGUCCGCGACAGACUCACCGGUUAGCAACGUUUCUCCUUAUACAAAAUCGAUCUCGUCAUCCUCGGUGUACAGCAGCAGCAGCCAAAGUUCUCCCGUAUCGCCACAUCACACGACUGGCGUACAAAAACUGAACCAAAUGAAUGCAAAUCCGAACGGUAUCUAUCAUGCAGCCGGUGCAACUGGAACCCAUUCCAGUCCAAUGCUGUCGCCAAAUCGCAAUGGUAGUCAAGGUUCUAUAAUGGAAGACGGUAGUGGCGGUACGCCGAAUAAACGACCGGUACAAAAGGUUAUACCAUCUCGCAAUAUUGGCUCAACCCAUCAUAGCCAUUCUCCUACCCAUUUGAACGGAAAUGCAUCAGGUUCUACGAGCGUUUCAAAUGGUAAAAUUCCACUAGCAAACGGUGCUGGGAAGGGAUCUUUGUCUUCACCAAACGGAAGCGUCAGCAAUGAGUACGCUUACGUGAAACCAAACAGUCCAUGCAAGUCCACGAGUGGCGCUUUGAUGCACAAUAAUGUUCCUCCCUCAUCGAUACCAAAACCAACGGCAGCAAAUGGUGGAGCAGGAUUGAGCUCCCCGGCAGCUAGUACCGGAGGCUGUCAAAAACCUUUGACCGCGACAGUGGGCUACGUGAAUAACGCUAAACCGGGACAGAAAACGAACAAAACUGUUUCUUGGAACCGCGACGUGCCUACAGAAAAGCUGAGCUUCACCAUGAGACGAGAGUUCGAUAAACAGAAAGAGGAAACAGAACUGAUUGAACAGUUGCGUCAAAUCAUUGAAACGCGCUUAAAAAUGUCACUUCCGCAAGACAUUGCACCGGCAUUGAUGGAUGGUGUCGUACUGUGUCACCUGGCCAAUCUUGUUCGGCCGCGAUCGGUCGGAAGCAUUCAUGUACCGUCUUCAGCUGUGCCGAAAUUAACCAUGGCCAGAUGUCGGAGAAAUGUGGAUUAUUUUCUUGAUGCAUGCCGCAAAAUAGGGGUAGACGAGGAGUUGAUUUGCUCCUGUCAGGACAUCGUUCCACCAACCAUGGCCGAACCCCCAUUGGAGGAUAGCGAUCGGAAAGCGAGAGAUGAUGACGGACGAGCAUCACAGGAAGCAAGUCUUACACCAAGACCUCCUAAUCCGUUAGCGAUGUAUCGAACGAUAGCAGCAUUGCUGACCAUGCCACCGGUUGCGAGCGUAUUGGUAUCACCGCCUUCACCGUCGGCCAUUGGUUUGCUUCGUCGUCCACGAUCACCACCGCCGCCACCGCCACCAUCAGCCGUAAUAGCUGCUGCAACCAACACCAACAGCUCAACAGAGCAAGAGAAAAAUUUAAAUUGCGACCCGAGGGCAACGCAUGAUUUGAACAUUAUCUAUGACCUUACCUCUAGCGAUGAGAUUGUCGAGUAUGCUUGCGAAUAUAGCCAAAAAUCGCAGAACGCUAGUGAAGAUCAUCGGAAUGUUCCGGUGACACUGGAUCUUCCCAAAGGAAAUGCAAAACCAGGCAGGAAGCGAAAGUUUCCUUCGUCACGAACUAAUCGCCGGAAUCAUAGUUCAAACGAUAUACAAUCAAAUCUGAAUGAAAUAAUUGAAGAAUGCGAAUAUGAUAGUGACAUUGGCAAAUUUCGCUGUCGUACGAACGACAAUGAAACGGGAUACAAUGCUCAGGAUUACGAAGACUCCGAAGCGAGCCUCACUUCCUGCGACGACGAUCAGAGUGGCGUUGAGGUUGGUGGUGAUGAAAAUGGAGAUGCAUUUACACCAACCAACGCUCAACCUCUCUCGUUGAGCGAUUGUUUAAUCCGCCGGAACGUUUCAUCGAACGACCUGGACACUCCAGUAAUGGGGUUAAGAACUUUAAAGCCAGAAGCAAAUGGAAACGAAAAUUUUAACAUUGUCCAAAGUGACGUCGAUUCCGUGCACGCUGAAGAGCAUAAGGUGGUCACUAAGAGAAUAGAGUUUUUUGAAAAUGCCGCUUCGACCGGAAGGAAAAUACUAAACUGUGAAACGCAAGCGCAAGCUAACGUAACAAUUGUUGGGGUUUGUACUACACCAGAAAACAAGAUCGCUGCUAAACAGCUUCUUUUCACCGAAGAAACCAAUUCAACAGUUAGUGAAAUCAUCGGUUCCCAUCGUCGUCAACAUGAACCCAAACACCCAGUAAUUGAAACGGUUCUGUGUUUAGGAACUUUCCUGUUUACGAUUAUUUACCUUUACCUUUAUCCGUUGUAAUAAUGUUUUUUUUAUGAAUCUUCUUUUAAUGUGUGUUCUCAUCAAA